AUGUUCUUGGUUCUCACGUGCUCGCUGAUUCUCCUGGCAAGCUGCUCCAGCUGCCAGCACCACGCAUGCCACUGUGCAGGCAGGAUUUUCAUCUGUCAGGAGAGCAAGGUGGUCCAGCUUCCUCGGGACAUCCCCACCAAUGCCACUGAACUGAGAUUUGUCCUUACCAAGAUGAGAGUCAUUCCAAAAGGAGCUUUUGCAGGACUUCAUGACCUAGAGAAAAUAGAGAUCUCACAGAAUGAUGCCUUGGAGGUCAUAGAAGCAAAUGUGUUUUCCAACCUUCCCAAACUACAUGAAAUAAGAAUUGAGAAGGCCAACAACCUCGUGUACAUUGAUCAAGAUGCCUUCCAGCACCUUCCAAGCCUUAGAUAUUUGUUAAUAUCAAACACUGGCCUUAGGUUUUUACCUGUUGUCCAGAAGGUGCACUCCUUCCAGAAAGUUUUACUAGAUAUUCAAGAUAAUAUAAAUAUACGUACAAUUGAAAGAAAUUCAUUCAUGGGCCUGAGUUCUGAAAGUGUGAUUCUAUGGCUAAAUAAAAAUGGGAUUCAGGAAAUUGAGAAUCAUGCAUUUAAUGGAACCUACCUGGAUGAGCUAAAUCUAAGUGACAAUCAAAACUUAGAAAAAUUACCAGAUGAGGUAUUCCAAGGAGCCAAUGGGCCUGUUGUUUUGGAUAUUUCCAGGACAAAAAUCAGUUUCCUGCCAGGUCACGGAUUAGAACUCAUUAAGAAGCUAAGAGCAAGGUCUACAUAUAAUUUAAAAAAACUUCCUGAUUUAAGCAAAUUUAGAUCAUUGAUUGAGGCAAAUUUCACCUAUCCUAGCCAUUGCUGUGCAUUUACAAACUGGAAAAGACAAAAUACUGAAUUACAUCCAAUAUGUAGCAUAUCUCAGGCUAAGCAAGACCUUGAUGAGCAACCUGGCAAUAAGAUACAUAGACGAUCUGCAGCUGAAGAUUAUAUUUCCAACUAUGGCAUUGGUUUUGACCCUGCAGAGAAUGAAUUUGACUAUGGUUUAUGCAAUGAAGUAGUUAAUGUGGCUUGCUCACCUAAACCUGAUGCUUUCAAUCCAUGUGAAGAUAUUAUGGGUUACAAUAUUCUGAGAGUCCUGAUAUGGUUUAUCAGCAUUUUAGCUAUCACUGGGAACACUGUUGUCCUCAUUAUUUUAAUAAGCAGUCAAUACAAACUCACUGUACCUCGUUUUCUAAUGUGCAAUCUCGCAUUCGCAGACCUCUGCAUAGGUAUCUAUCUGUUGUUUAUUGCAUCUGUAGAUAUACAGACUAAAAGCCAGUAUUACAACUAUGCCAUAGACUGGCAAACAGGGGCUGGAUGCAACGCUGCAGGAUUUUUUACAGUGUUUGCAAGUGAACUCUCAGUCUACACAUUGACUGUGAUAACUCUGGAAAGGUGGCAUACUAUCACCUAUGCCAUGCAACUGGACCGCAAGGUUCGAUUUCGGCAUGCUGUGAUUAUAAUGAUUUUUGGCUGGAUGUUUGCUUUCAUGGUGGCACUUCUUCCCAUAUUUGGUGUCAGCAGCUACAUGAAGGUCAGCAUUUGUUUGCCCAUGGACAUAGAGACACCGUUUUCUCAGGCUUAUGUUAUAUUUCUUUUAGUGUUGAAUGUACUCGCCUUUGUGAUCAUAUGCGCCUGCUACAUCUGCAUCUACUUUACUGUAAGAAACCCUAACGUCAUCGCUUCAAACAGUGACACCAAGAUUGCCAAGCGCAUGGCUAUAUUGAUCUUCACAGACUUCCUCUGCAUGGCGCCAAUAUCGUUUUUUGCUAUAUCAGCCUCACUCAAGGUUCCUCUCAUCACAGUGUCCAAAUCCAAGAUCCUCCUGGUUUUGUUUUACCCCAUCAAUUCCUGUGCCAACCCUUUCCUCUAUGCCAUUUUCACAAAGACUUUCCGCAGGGAUUUCUUCAUUCUGUUGAGCAAGUUUGGUUGCUGUGAAAUGCAAGCCCAGAUUUACAGAACAGACACUUCCUCAUCUGCUCAUAAUUUCCACACAAGAAAUGGUCAUUAUCCUCCAGCAUCAAAAAACAGUGAUGGGACUAUUUAUUCACUGGUUCCUCUAAAUCACUUGAACUGA